GUGUCGGUGCAGGCGCCUCUAAUAUAAACACAGAGCAGCGGCUAAAUGACAGCAGGUAAUUGUUACUGGAAACCUGGACGUUUCAUUUAGAGAGGAAAUGGGAAUGAUUUAAUAUUUCCUGCUGUAUUAUGUUAAUACUUUCAACUGUUUACUUGCUAUCAAGGAACAGUAUUAGCGCGCUUUAAUUUGGAGACCAAGCCUACCAGCUAGCUAGCUUAGCUUCAGGUGAACAUGAACUCUCUGGUUGGAUACGGGGUGUCCUCGGAGUCCGACAGUGAUGGAGAUGUAGAGGACGUCAACGACGGCAGUGUUGGUUCUGCUAAUGAGAUAGGUGAUGAAGCAUCAGCUGUCACAAGGACCCGGAACUUUUUGCUAGCGCCUGGCUCUGGUUCAAGUGAAUCAGAAGCAGAGGAAGAGGACACAGAUCCGUCUCCCUCACCGUUACAACCCCAAGCAUCUUCUGCAGCCUGUCACACCACCCUGCCUGCUCCAUCCCUGGGCUCCCUCGCCUCCAAUAAACUACCUCCUCCUUCUUUGAAUACCUGCUCUGACAGCGGCGUGUUUGCCAACCCCUUCAAGGCUCAGGCAGACCAGAAGCUCAGCGCCUUGCAGAAACACGUCCCCCUCACAAUGCAGGCCAAACCCUCCCAGAUAGGAGGCAAAAGGAUAUGCGUGUCAUACAGGAAAGACGGAAGGUGCAGGUUUGGGAUCAAGUGCAAGUUUGCUCAUGACAGUGACCUCCAGACCCCGGUCACUCCCACUGACUGCCAUCCACCUGCGAGUGAGGAAACACCUGCGUCAGAUAAAGCCGAGUGCCACGCAGGUGGCUCAGGAUCCCAGAACCUCCAGCAGGAGACAAAAGAGGAAGAAUCAGGAGGGCAGAAAGCAAAGAAGAGGAGGGUUGGACUGAGUAACACCUUGAUUCCUCCUAAACGAGCAAUGAAGCAGUAUGCCAUGCAUAGGGACAGAGAUCGGAUCAAUAUGUCCUGAUGGAUGUUUCAGGAGCUGUUACACUGCGCUGUCAUAAAGCAAUAAUAGUGUGAUAACAUA